AUGGAUGUGAUGUUGGUGAAAAGUGAGGUUAACAGCAGCGGAAGGCAACUAACUGCCAUGGCAACCCAUCCACAGGACAGCAGUCCGACGGUCAAGCGCAUCAAGAGGAGGAGGCGAGAGCCUGCGUCGCCGGCCAUUGCAGCUGAUGCCAAUGGGGAGAUCAUUGAUCAGCCUGCUACCAGCAGCACUGUUAAAAGAAGUUCAAGGUUUCGCGGGGUUAGCAGCAAGCGAUCAUGCAGGCACAUAUGGACAGGCCGUUUUGAAGCCCAUUUGUGGGACAAAGGGUCAUGGAAUACCACACAGAGGAAGAAGGGAAAACAAGUUUACCUUGGAGCUUAUGAUGAGGAAGAAGCAGCAGCAAGAGCUUAUGACCUUGCUGCACUCAAGUACUGGGGGCCUACCACCAUCACAAACUUCCCGGUUUCUGACUAUGAAAAUGAGAUACAAAUAAUGCAGAAUGUGACUAAAGAAGAGUAUCUGGCCUCAAUAAGAAGGCAUAGUAGUGGUUUUUCACGAGGUUUGUCCAAAUACCGGGGAGUUGCAAGGCACCAUCACAAUGGAAGGUGGGAAGCAAGGAUUGGAAGGGUUUUCGGAAACAAGUACCUCUAUCUUGGCACUUACAGUAAGCACCGCAACUUCAACAACUCUCAUGUACUACUACCUCUUGACCUCCAAAUAAAAACAUAUGAAAGUACUAUAAUUGUUGCAGGUACGCAAGAGGAAGCAGCUCGUGCAUAUGACAUUGCAGCAAUUGAGUAUAGAGGGAUCAAUGCUGUGACCAAUUUUGACCUGAGUACAUACAUCAGAUGGCUAAGGCCAGGGGCCACCAAUGCCUUGAAAAUUACCCAAGAGCAACAUGUCAAUGGUGAAGCUCAUGCAGUGCAACCACCCACCAACCUCUUUUCAUCAGCCGAAUCUGAAACACUCUCGCACUGCAGCCCCUUGGUCGCAGAGAAUGUGAUCUCAUCAUGUAAGGAAGAGUUUGUACAUCAUGAGUUUCCUGGCAGUAGCUCAAGCAGCAAGUCUUCCCCUACUGCUCUAAGCCUCCUACUGAAGUCCUCAAUGUUUAGGCAACUUAUGGAGAAGAAUUCUAGGGCACUCACUGAAGAGCUUGAGGAGGAAAUGAAGGAUUGGAAACAACAGAUGGGAGCUGACAUUGAAUACCAGGGGAUCCUUUAUGAAGGAAUUGCUGAUAUGCCAUAUGGUUACUCCCCAGAUGGUGACAACGGACGAAGAAUUGAGCUACAGGAGAGUGUUUCUUACUAUGAUCAGAGUGAGCAGUCAAUAUGGAAUGGUGUAGUGAGUAUGGCCUUACUGCAAUAGCCUAAAAGGAAGACCUUGAGGGAUAGAGUGAGAGAGAGACUAAUGGAGGAAGAGACAGGGAGAGAGAGAGAGAUCUGAAAAUUAUGCGAGGUGAUUUUGUCUUGUAUCAUACAUACAAUCAUCUCGCACUUUCCAAUUGCUUGGCACAAUGUUUCUUUCCUUGGUGCUAGCAAGCGAUAUGAAUAAGACCCAGGAGUACUUUAAGAAUGUAUCCUCCUGGAUAUGUAUUAUAUGCUUACAUGGUACCUAAUGUUUGGAUACUAGGAUAAUAUUGGUAUCACUGUGCGGAUGGAUCUGAGCUCAAAAUCAAUAAUAGUUUAUUAUUUGGAUCACUGAAGUAGACUUGUUCUGACAGAGUAGUAAGGAAAACACCUAGCUAAAUUUGGGCUCUGGUGCUGCCAAAAAUAAAUCAUAAAUAAAUAAAUGUUCGCAUAUAGACACUCCAGGAUGACUUAAGUUAGUUGAAAUCCCUUCGCCAAACAGGUUCCAUAGGUUUAGUCAAAGCACAGACAUAAGCUAGUUUGUUCAAAAGGAGCACUAAGCCAUCUUUUUCUAACUCCCCAGUUAGCCAACCAAGUUAAAGCCUGAACCCCCAAUAUGGGCUUGUUUCCCAGCUGGAUCCCGGCCUUGCAGUGUCAGGAUAUAUAGAAAUGCCAGAUAUUGCUCCAGUAAAGAAAGUUAUGAAAAAGGUUUUCGUACCUUUACUUCCUUAAAGAUUAUCGUCACCAUCAAUCUGUAAGUUAAAAGGCUUGUUUGAAACUCAGGGAAGAACUUAUUUUCUGUGUGGCUCUCUUCUGUGACUUUCAGAUGCAUCAGAACAGAUGGUUUGAAGAAAUGGAAUGAACGCAACCACAUCGUCAGAUUCACGACAAGGGUGAUUCUGAAGUAUAACUAGUUCUUGCAUGCUAAAUUCAGCAUAUAUUGCCAUCAAGCUCCAAAAAGAAAGGACAAUUUUUGAGAAAGGUGUAGAAUCUGUAGAUGCACUGCUUACAAACAUGUAAAGACAAGUUCUUGCCCAUACUCAUGGAACAGAUUCAAUUAAUAGGAUAGAUUGUAAAACAAAAAAAGGAUGGAAAAUUGCAGAAAUGUCAGUGACCAUCCUGAACAAGAUAAUAAUGUUUUGUUGGAUGCUCAUAAAUGGCUCAGCUUUGUUCCCCAAGAAGUGGGAAGGUGUAAGGAGAUACCAUGGAUAACCAAUGAUUACACAAGGUUCUAAAUGCAGCUGGUAUGAAGGCUAAACAAUAAGCAUAAUAAAAUUAAUUUCAACUACUAGUGCAUACUCUACCAAAAAAUUUACUACUGGUGCAUACAAAAGUAAGAAGGUAGACUCAUUCAAUUUUAUUACAAGAUAAGGAUACAAAUUUAAAAGAAAUCCAGCUUGGAAGAGUUAAUUAGUCCCAAUAUACAAAGGAAACAUUAGUAUGUCUAUAUAUAUGUAUGCAUGUAUGUAUGUGCUAGCUAACCCCCACAUAUGAAAUCCCUAAAGAUGUAUCCACAGUUCAAUUAUUUGAUAAAAAGGAAAAUAUUUAAUGGAGUGACCCACAUUGGAUUUGCCAUGAAAAAAAAUGCACAAAAUAUUACUCCAAUACAUAAAAACUUGCUGAAGAAAUAAAUAAAUCAAAACUGCUUCUUUUAUUCAAAAUUUACAAAGCCAAAAAAAAAAAAA